CGCCACUUGAGUAUUUCAGUUUGUGAAAUUUCCGCAAUUUUGGGGUUUCGGUCGUAGGUUCGCCAAUUGACACCUUCUCUUCACGUUUAUCUGUGAUCCAUCUCUUUUCUCUACUGUUUCUCACAAUUAUCGCUUCAGCGUAAUUAUUAUUAGAAUUUUUACGGGCUUUUAGCCGUCAUCUGCAGGAAUGGUGGAAGGAGAGCAGUUAAAUGUGGACGAUCUCAUAAGUCGCCUACUUGAAGUCCGGGGCUUACGGCCGGGAAAGACCGUGCAGAUGUCGGAGGCAGAAGUACGGGGACUCUGUAUAAAAUCUCGUGAAAUAUUCCUGUCACAACCUAUCCUACUGGAACUCGAAGCUCCACUAAAGAUAUGCGGAGACAUUCACGGUCAGUACACGGAUCUGUUACGGUUGUUCGAGUAUGGGGGAUUUCCGCCAGAAGCCAAUUACCUCUUUCUGGGCGACUAUGUGGAUCGCGGGAAACAGUCAUUGGAAACAAUUUGUUUGCUCUUGGCGUAUAAAAUCAAAUAUCCGGAAAAUUUCUUCCUUCUUCGUGGCAAUCACGAAUGCGCCAGUAUAAACCGCAUAUAUGGAUUUUAUGACGAAUGCAAGCGGCGUUAUAAUAUCAAAUUAUGGAAAACGUUUACAGAUUGCUUCAAUUGCCUUCCGAUAGCUGCUAUAAUUGACGAAAAGAUUUUUUGUUGUCACGGAGGACUUUCUCCUGACCUUCAGUCGAUGGAGCAGAUUCGCAGAAUUAUGCGACCCACGGAUGUUCCAGACACAGGAUUGUUGUGCGAUUUGCUGUGGUCGGAUCCGGAUAAAGAUGUUGUAGGUUGGGGCGAAAACGACCGCGGAGUGUCAUUCACGUUCGGAGCCGACAUCGUCACGAAGUUUUUGAACCGCCAUGAUCUAGAUCUCAUCUGUCGUGCCCACCAGGUUGUCGAGGAUGGUUACGAAUUCUUUGCAAAACGACAACUAGUCACCUUGUUUUCGGCUCCAAAUUACUGCGGAGAAUUCGACAAUGCCGGCGGGAUGAUGUCGGUUGACGAAUCCCUAAUGUGUUCCUUUCAGAUAUUAAAGCCUUCCGAGAAGAAAGCGAAAUAUCAGUACGGGGGAAUGCCAGCUGGCCGACCGACAACGCCCCCGCGUAACGCAAAAAACAAUAAGAAAUAACGAAUGUGUCACAGCUGUUCGAUCUUCCAUAUCCGACUAACAUCGUCACCACGGCUCUUCAUAUGACCGAGUCUUCGACGAUUGUUUUGCGCCUUUUUAAUACUUUCAUCUGAUAGAGGAAUAAUGACAUCGGCUGUCUGAACAGGACAAUUGUUCAUUAUUUCUUACGGAAUUGUCAAUAUUUUAAUAUAAUAGCAACCUGCUUUGUAAUUAUUUUGCUAUAUGCUCUCCAUGGUUUUCCAGCGAUUCCUUUUUGCCCAUUGAGUGUGGCUUUGGUUUACCGACGCUUUCGUGCCCCAUUGCUUUAUUUUUAGGCAUUGCGACCGUAAUAAAAUAUUGGUUUGAA